AAAUGGCUCCGCCGCCGACAGACCCAAACCACCCAAACCAUCCUCCAUUGCAUCACUCCGACUAUCCCCGCGAACUCUCCUCCUUCCUCCACCGCCACCUUCUCACUCUCAUGAUCCGUAAUCCUCUAGUUCCGUCGCGUACGCAUCGGAUUUGUGACGUUUGCCGUGAAUUCAUCGACGGCGAUUUCUACGGCUGCAACCACUGCCAUUUCCACGUCCAUCCAUAUUGCACCCACCUCCCCAAAAGCCUGCGCCAUGUCAUUGACCCCACCCAUAAGUUGAGGCUCCACAAGCUCUCCGCUGGCUGCUGUUCCGUUUGCAAAGCUGAUUGCUCUUCUUUUUGGGUGUACGGCUGUGACGAUUGUAGAGUUAAUGUUCAUCUUAGAUGCCUCCUAAAGCCGUUAGGUUCGCGAGAGAAAACCGACCAGCCGUCCGGUUCACGUGGGAUACAUAACCAUCACCAUGCACCGCCGCCACCGUGGGUGACGGGGCCACCUCAUUUUCCUGGUGGCUUUCCCGCUGGUGGGUGGGCUUUCCCAAAUGGUCACGGUUGGGAACAUCCGAGUAACCAUUUUGGGCAUCUUGGACCUGUUCCAUUUGUACAUAACAACCAUCCAAGUCAUCACCCAAAUCAUGGUGGACACGGACAAGGACACGGACAAGGACAUGGACACGGACACGGACACGGACACGGACACGGCCAAGGACAUGGACAUGGACACGGACAAGGACACGGACAUGGACACGGACAAGGACAAGGACACGGACACGGACACAACCACGGACAAGGACAAGGACACGGACACGGACACAACCACGGACAUGGCCAAGGACAUGGACAAGGCCAUGGACAAAGCAACGGACAUGGUCAUUGUCAUUGUCAUGGACACGAACAUGCACCUUCGUCGAGUUUGGGAUCGCUGUUUGGUACUACAAUGUUUUCCCUCGUUGGGAACUUAGCAAUUGGUGCCUUGACUGAAUUUAUUUUUGGUUGUUAA